AUGCAUCUCUUGGCAGAUUUGGUACGCGUACCUGGACGUUCUUCCGUCCUCGUCUUCCCAGUAGGAACUAUAGGGCGUCGUCGGUCUGUCUAUAAUUUCUUCCUUCCUCUUUGGGCACCGCCUCAGGGAAGGAACCUCGGUCUCAGACAUUUAUCAUCACAUAAAAACAGGUUCUCGGAAGGCCUCCUUGAGCAUCUCAACAGAACCAUGGCAGAACAACGCCUUGCGAUGGUCAACAUUGUGGGAUUCCCACGUAUCUUCUCGAAAUCCGUCAUCCCAAGUCCUGGUCGGUUAGAGCGCACGGUAGUCAAUAAUCCCGUUGCAUCACUUGGAAGGCUCAGGGCCCUCCCCAACGAGAUCCUGGACAUGAUCAUCUCCGACUGCUGCGACAUCCAAACUAUCGUUACAUCCUUCUCACUCGUCAAUAGGGGUGCCAGGAUGGCCAUCAAUGCAUCGCUCGCCUUCCAGCGUGUCUCCCGUUACGCUCCCCGUGCACUCAUAGCAAUGCUCAGAACACGGGCCGGUUCGUUUUUCACUCUCGAAGACCUUUGUGAUGUUCUCUGCAGAGAUUCUUCCUGCAGCUUAUGCGGCAAUUUUGGCCCCCUUCUCUGGCUCCCCGAGUGCCGACGAUGCUGCAUGCCAUGUCUCUAUACGGCACCCGAGCUCCUUCCCAUAUCCCUGUCUAUGGCAACUACGGCGUUUGGAGUAUCUGAAGCCGUAUUAGCGAGCGUGCCUGCAGUUUGCACUGUGCCCGGCCAAUACGGCUGGCUACACAGAUAUUAUCAGGAUUCCCAGUGUCUGCUAAGCUUUUCUCAUGCUCGUGCAGUAGCAGUUGAAGAUGCUGGAGGGGAAGCGCAGUUUAUGGCUCGAAUCAACUCCGUUCCUCUACGCAAAGAAGCGUACAAAUCUUUCAUCGCCGAGAAUACCAUGAUACCCUGGCCUGAGAAUGUCUCUCGUUACAUGGUAGCUGCCUCUCUACCGUAUUUCAACAGACGUUCGGGAAAGAUCGUCAAAGGUUUCUCCUGCAAAGGCUGUAUAAACCUGGUGUCUGGAGACAGAUGGGAUUCCGACAGUGAUGAAGUGGACGAUGAUGACAAUUUUCGCCGAUAUGAUACGGUAUAUACUCGCAAGGGACUUAUAGAACAUGUUCAGACAGACUGCCCGGAGGGGAAGAGGAUAUGGAAGAGACAUUUGAAGAAGUCAAAACAAGGAAACGGGAAUUCUGUUUCGAGCACAAAGAGUCGAUAGUUUCAGUAUAUGGCCUGGGCCUAACAGAGAGCAGCAGUGUAGGAUAUGCGUAGUCCCCCAAAAAUAUAUACUGUAGUGGAUGAAUUGAUUCAGAAGUCACAGGGACAACUAGCGAAGCGCUUCGUCA